UGGAGCUCCGGUGACGACGACGUGUGCUCGUCGAAAGUUCAGAAAGAUUCCGGUUUCUUCUAAGUCCAAGCGGUCCGGCGAUUCCGGGUUUCAUUUUCAUUUGCUUCCGUCCUUAGUCUCCGUUGUGCUGUGAAAGUGCGUGAGAAAUUGUGUCGUAGACUCGGCGUGCGAAGUACUGAAAACAAUCAAGCAGGAUAACGGUCCCGCCAUGAUUCCACUGCUCUGCUUGGCGCUUGUGCUGAGCACCCUGCAUCCGUCCACUGCCCUGCCAAAUGGUGCUCCAACGUCCGUGUGUCAUAAUAUGCUGCCGUUUCACGGCGGUGGCAUUCCUCCUCUUACGACGAAAACUCCGUUUCUAAUCACGCCACAAUCGUCGGUAAUCGGCAGCGGACAAUUGCUGAAAAUCGACAUCGAAUCCUUCCCGGCGAACAUUGUGUUCAAGGGGUACAUGAUACAGGCGCGAGCGGCCGAUCCUCCGCAUAAUAUUGUCGGACGCUUCGAAAACUCGGAUGCCGCUGCCAUCAAGCUCAUCGAUUGCGAAGCGGCGCACGAUACGGCCACACAUACAUCGACUAGCCCGAAGCAGGAGCUAACACUAGAGUGGACCGCUCCGGACAAUUUUGUUGGAGAUGUGAUCUUCAACGCAACGAUCGCGCAGGAUUACGACAAAUUUUGGGUCGGUCUCCCCUCGGAGAGAGUGCGCGUGGUGGCCAGUUCCUUAUCGGCAACACCAGGACAGACCACUAGGCAGCCAACCACAACCACCACGGUGCCACCGUAUCGUCCGGCACAAACAUCCGCUCCGAUGGCUAUCGAUUCCGUCUACGAGGGUUGCGGGGAGUCCAAGGUGUGUUUCGGAUUCCCGGAAGGUUGCGUCGAGAGCUACAACUGUCGGGCGGUCACGACGGUCUCUGUUCUUGGCAGCAGCUAUGUUUUUGAAAUGAAGGCAGGAUACAAUAGUCCAGCCUACGUCGCUGUCGGGCUGUCCGAUGACGCCAAGAUGGGAGACGAUUCGGUCAUCGAGUGCGUCCCUGAGCAGGGCGUAGUAAACGCGUACGCUUCUUGGACCGCAACUGGCCCUUACAGCGCCACGCGUACGGGAGUGCCACAAAACAUCUUCCAAGUGUUAGAGAAAUCCUACAAUGAUGGAACGAUCUACUGUAAACUGGAACGUGAUGCCGUCAGCACAGUCAAGGGUCGCCAGUUCGAUCUCGUGAACGAAAAGUUCCAUCUUAUGCUAGCUGCAGGAGCGUCGGUAGAAUCCACCAACGUGAACUAUCACAGUAUCGGACGACACGUUUCCGGAAGUCCUCUGUCGCUGGCAGAGGUGGGCCGGGUACAGGGAUCCUCGAAACUAUUGCUGCGCCUUCACGGAGCUUUCAUGAUUACAGCCUGGAUCGGCACGGCUUCGCUCGGCAUACUGAUCGCUCGCUAUUUCCGCCAGACCUGGGUUGGCAGCCAAUUGUGCGGAAAAGACCAGUGGUUCGCCUGGCAUCGAUUCUUGAUGGUGCUGACCUUUAUCCUCACAGUGGCCGGAAUCGUAGUAAUCUUCGUCGAAAUUGGCGGCUGGUCGCAAGUGCGCAAUCCCCAUGCCAUACUGGGUAUUGUGACGAGCGUCCUUUGCUUCCUCCAGCCAAUUGGAGCGUUCUUCCGACCACAUCCGGGCUCGAGCAAACGACCAAUCUUCAACUGGGUACACUGGCUGGGCGGUAACUUGGCGCAUGUGAUCGCGAUCGUAGCCAUUUUCUUCGCCGUCCAGUUGCAGAAGGCUGAACUACCGGAGUGGAUGGAUUUCAUUCUCGUUGCCUUCGUGGCGUUCCACGUGUUUAUGCAUUUACUUUUGUCCAUUUUUUCGUGGAUUCAGAUUGGUGGCUGCUUUAGCGAGCGAAGAAGCGGACAGCGCGUGACUUCCUUCCCAAUGGCUGACAUGACCCCGUCACGCAAUUCCAUGAGUUCUAGCGAACGGAAGCAGGAUGCUGCGUUUUCUGGAUUCCGGAAAUCGAUGUUGUUCCUUUACAUUCUGAUCGUGUUGGGACUGGUCAUCGCGUUGGUGGUGAUCGUCGUUCUGGCACCGAUUGAAGCGGCGUACAACAACAUCAAAGAGCAGAUCAUGAAUUAGCGUAUCCUGUGCUUCCAGCAUCAAAGCACCAGUUUUCGUAACACUCUAAGCUGCGAAUGGACGUCUUUUACCCAACCCUUGUAUAUUAUCUGUAACGAGUGCAUCAAACAAAUCCCAGACCGGGUGGGAUUUGCUAGAUCAAACAGAUUCCGCGAUUGAGAAUCAAUCGAAAAACAGGAAGUUAGUUGAACAUUUAUUGUAUAACCUCUUACACUGCUAAAAAUGUGUGAAAGCUAAAGAGUUUUGCCGCCUAGUUCCUCGUUCUAGUUCGGUUCCACGUUCAACGUCGAUUUCUAACGAGAUGCAUAGCAGAUGCAGGUACCACGUUCUGAAAGCUGUUGAAGGCGCUAGCUCCCGUGUCACACAUUCCCGUGUUGUACAGUAACUGUCAUAUUUAUAGAAACCAACCAGCAGAGGUGUUGAAAUGCUAAUUAAUAUCCCCAUGAUUCGAUCACGUGCAUUGUCGUGCAUUUGUUCCAUGAGUAUUACAUUGCUUUUCCGGGUUCGAAUCGGAAAACAUGCGACACGGUGCAUUUUCUUCAACGUUCUUCUUACUCUUAUCAUUUUUCUCUGCAGUAUUGUAUUUAAUCCUUUUGUUUUCCGUUUGAAAGUAUUUUCAUGUGUUUGACACUAAGAAUUGCAUAACGGCCUUGGCUUGAAAGUGAAAAGUGAAAGUGAAAAGCAGAAGAGCAUAUCAAACAAGAAACCAUCCACACGCUGUAUUAUGCUAGAUAUUGCUGCCCAAUUCAUUGGAAUGUUUUUUUAAGUUCUCGUGUAAGUCCAAGAAUAAUAAAUGUUGCCAUUGAUGAAUAUAUGAA